AUGGCGUCGCGCAUCAUUAGCUCCGCCGCCAGGCAGAUUGCUGUGCCCAUGAUGAAGAGCUCGAGGUUUGGUGCGCAGAGGUCGUUCAGCGCCGGCAUGAGGUUGCAAGACGCUGCUAUUGCUCCAGUGAAGAAGCCGGUUGGCGCAUUUAGAGGCGGGCUCUUCGGCUUCCUCCUCGGUACCGCCGGUACUGGCGCGGGCAUGUACUACUACGUCCUGGAUGAAUACAAGGUGUCGAAUGAGUUGCUGACCGAGGAUAUCUAUGCACUUCAGGCUGCAGUGCAGAGGAUAGAGUCAUACGUCCGGACGCUGGAGGAGAAGGUUGAAGCAUCCACUAAGAAGAAGUAG